AUGAAAUUAUUUAUAUUACUCUGUAUUUUAUUAAUAAGUGUUGUCCAUGGACAAUCAGAAUGUUAUUCCGAGAGACUUGGAAGUAAUGGAACUUGUGUGGAGAGCAAUUCAUGUGAUGGUUAUAUUGAUCCUCAAUCAAUAUGUGAUGAUGGUAGUGGUAUCACUCAAUGUUGUAUCAACACCGGAUUCAAAUUGAUCAUUCAUAAUGAUGAUGGACUUCUCAAUCAAAAUCAAUUGGACCGCCUACAUUAUACCUUUGCCUACAGUUACCCUUUUCUAUACAACAACUACGCCGCUGAAAAUGAUGAGAGAUGGACUAUCAACCUACUCCUCCAACAUCUACCUGCCAACUACUUUGCUGAAUGGGAUGGACAUGAUGUCAUUCUCAACAUCGAAGUGAUCCCAUCAAUGACCAACAUGGAGUGGUUCGUUCAUGAACUUACUCAUACUGCUCAGAACUAUGACCUUGCCUCUGUUGAGUUCCCAAGAUGGUGGGUCGAGGGCAUGGCCGAAGUUGGAAUGUAUUGGUAUGCACCUGUGGAGGAACAAGGCAAACCAUUCCCUGGUGAGCCCAAGUCUGACGAUCACUAUGACAAGAACAAUGGAUAUGAAGUUGCUGCGCGCUGGUUCAUGUGGAUUGAGAAGAGGUUCAAUGACUCUUUCAUUGAGACACUCAAUCACUUCACUCAAACAAAGCCAACCGCAAGUGAAUGGUCCAACAAAUGGGUGGAACUAUGUGGAUCUUCGCCUGAUGAUAUAUGGGCUCAAUACGUAGCAGAUCCAUCAAUCCCAGAA